AUGAAAGAGCCUUACUUCCAGAUAAAAGGACAAUAUAGUCGUACGAACCGAAAGAAGCGUGCAAUAGAAUCAAUGGGCAAGGUCCAAAUUGACUUUCUCGCUAAAAGUAUUAACUUGCCAAAAAAAAGUCAUGUUGAUUGGCAGGAUAUAAAUGUGGUGGGUGAGUUCACCAUAUCACGUGGUGGAGAGGGAAGAAAAGAUAAGUUUGUGCAAUUUUCAAGGUCUGUUCGAGAGGUAUUUUUUGCUCAGCCUCUACGGCGGUUUCUACAUGGUUUCUGUUUGUUCCAAGAAGAAUUCGAGCUGUGGGGUUUCGAUCGCUCGGGAGCCUAUGGCGCUGGCUUACAGAGUAUUGUUGAUGACAAGGAGAUGUUGAUACGAGCAAUAAGCUCGUAUAUUUUAUUGAGCAAUGAAGAACUUAGACGUGAUACCUCCAUCACUCAAAAUGGAGAAGAGGAAUUUGACCAGUUCUCUAGAAGUGGAGAGGUUCCGGGCCCAUCAAUUGUUUUUGAGUCUGGACCUAUAGUACAACCAAUGAGACUGAUAACUCGAGGUACGACUUGCUACGAAGCGAAGGACGAAUCAAAAGUGAUUAAGUACUCGUGGAGCAGUGCAGAAAAAAAUACUGAAGUCUAUUUAUUGAAUAUUGCCGAGCUGUUUACUCCAACGGGUCAAUUUUUGGUUUCGUCGCCGGCAUUCGGGAUGCCAUCAAGGGGCACCAAAGACUCCCUGGUAAAGAGAUUCUUCAUGGAGAUAUUUCUGAAGGAAAUAUAA